AUGUUCUCGCUUUCAAACGAGGCCGCACAACACAAAAACCACCCCUCCGCGUACGGCUCGGCGACCGCCACGCCACCUACCCUGGAAUACGAUCCGUUCCUUGAUAUUUGCUGGAUGACAUUCUUCCUUUCAAACGAGGCCAUACAACACAACGCCCACACCACCACGUACGGCUCCGCGACCGUCACGCCUCCUACCCUGGAAUACAGUCCCCCU